GGCUGGAGUGGCGGAGUUUAACGCAACGACUCCAACACAACUAUAAAAGUCUGUUGGGAUAAACUCCGGAGACAGUCAAACUCCCACUUCAUUUCAUCAUUCAUCUGCCCUUCCGACCGCACUGUUGUCUCUCUUUCUUCCCGACAUCCUUAGAAUUUGUGGCAAAUGUGGUGAGGAAACAAUGGGUUCUUACAAGGCCUCUUUCAGUGUUCUUCUUCUUUACUUCUUCGUUGGGAAUUUUUUUGUGCCUCAAUGUUUUGCUAAUGGAGUUGAUGCCAGCCAAACGGCAUGGCUGUCCGUAAAUGCUUCUGACGCAUCAGCACGGCCAAUACCCAAAACACUCUUUGGAAUAUUUUUUGAGGAGAUUAACCAUGCUGGUGCUGGGGGGUUGUGGGCAGAGCUUGUAAGCAACAGAGGUUUUGAAGCUGGGGGCCCUAAUGUUCCCUCAAAUAUUGACCCAUGGUCUAUUAUUGGGGAUGAAUCGUCCCUUAUUGUGUCAACUGACCGCUCUUCAUGUUUUGAACGCAAUAAGGUCGCACUCCGAAUGGAGGUGCUCUGUGACAGUGAAGGUACCAAUAUCUGUCCAGCUGGUGGAGUUGGUGUUUAUAAUCCAGGGUUCUGGGGCAUGAAUAUUGAAAAAGAAAAGACAUACAAAGUGGUUCUUUAUGUACGUUCAUUAGGAGCAAUUAACUUAUCUGUAUCGUUGACGGGCUCAAAUGGCUUGCCGACACUGGCAACUUCUGAUAUUAUAGCUUCCGCUUCUGAUGUAUCAAACUGGACAAAGGUGGAGGUCCUGUUGGAAGCCAAUGCCACUGAUCAUAAAUCAAGACUUCAAUUGAAAACAUCCAGAAAAGGAGUUAUAUGGUUUGACCAAGUGUCAGCUAUGCCCUUGGACACAUACAAGGGACAUGGUUUCCGUAGUGACCUUUCUGAAAUGGUGGCAGAUUUAAAACCUCGAUUCAUCAGAUUUCCAGGUGGCUGUUUUGUUGAAGGUGAAUGGUUAAGAAAUGCAUUUCGUUGGAAAGCAACCAUUGGACCCUGGGAGGAGAGACCGGGGCACUUCGGUGAUGUUUGGAUGUACUGGACUGAUGAUGGGCUUGGUUAUUUUGAGUUUCUCCAGCUAGCGGAGGAUCUAGGGACAUUGCCAAUAUGGGUAUUCAACAAUGGAGUCAGUCAUAAUGAUCAAGUUGAUACGUCGAGUGUCAAACCUUUUGUACAAGAAGCCCUUGAUGGUAUUGAGUUUGCUAGAGGUGAUCCUAAUUCUACAUGGGGUUCUGUGCGAGCUGCAAUGGGGCACCCAGAGCCUUUUGACUUGAGAUAUGUUGCUAUUGGGAAUGAGGAUUGUGGGAAAAAGAAUUACCGAGGAAAUUACCUCAAAUUCUAUAAUGCCAUAAGUCAGGCAUAUCCAGACAUCAAAAUGAUCUCAAACUGUGAUGGGUCUUCAAAACAGUUGGAUCACCCUGCCGAUUUUUAUGAUUAUCAUGUAUAUACAUCUGCCAGCAACUUAUUUUCUAUGGCUAAUCAGUUUGAUCGUACAUCACGUAACGGUCCAAAGGCUUUCGUAAGCGAGUAUGCUGUAACUGGGAAAGAUGCUGGCACAGGAAGUCUUUUAGCAGCACUGGCGGAGGCUGCAUUCCUUAUUGGGAUUGAAAAGAACAGUGAUAUUGUUGAAAUGGCAAGCUAUGCACCACUUUUUGUGAAUGUCAAUGACAGGCGGUGGAACCCAGAUGCAAUUGUCUUUGACUCUUCACAGCUGUAUGGAACACCAAGCUACUGGGUUCAACGUUUUUUUUCAGAGUCAAGUGGAGCAAAUGUCCUUAAUACAGCACUCCAAACAAAUACAUCUAAGUCACUUGUUGCAUCUGCAAUUACUUGGAAAGACUCGAAUGAUAGCAAGAAUUACCUAAGAAUAAAGAUUGUCAACUUUGGAAGUGACAAUGUUACUCUCAAGGUCCGCGUGGAUGGUUUGGGGCCUAACUCCAUACAGUUAUCUGGGUCAACAAAGACUGUACUUACAUCUGAUAAUCUGAUGGACGAGAAUUCCUUCAAGACACCAAAAAAGGUUGCGCCGACUCAGAGUCCGCUUGAAAAUGCUGGGGAGGAGAUGGAUGUCAUACUCGCCCCGCAUUCUUUCACAUCAUUUGAUUUGUUAAAAGAAUCCAGCAAUCUCAGGACCACGGGAACUGAUUUUUCCUCCAGAUCUUCCUUUUAAUAUAUUUAUAGAUGAAUAUCUAGUGUAAUUCUAAGAAAUAAACGCAACAAUAACUCUAUACAGAUGGCAUCUUUGCGUGCCAACUAUUCAGUUGGAAUGUUAUCAAACUUACUUCUUUUCAGUUCCAUGAUUGUAUAUUUAUGUAUGAAUGCUCUUCAUUCUACUUUCUGUUCA